AUGAAUGAAGAAUUUGUAAUUGGGAGGAGUUUCGGAACGGCUGAUUAUAUAGUGUUUGGAGCUCUUAUAGCAAUUUCUAUAGCAAUAGGAAUAUUUUUCGCCAUCAAGGAUAAAAGACACAAUACAUCAGUAAACUACUUUCUUGGGGACAGAAAACUGAAGUCGUUUCCCCUUGGUUUAUCUUUCGUGGCGACAUUUCUAUCAUCAAUUACGAUGUUAGGCUCUCCGGCUGAAGUCUAUGUGUAUGGACUGCAAUACGCUAUGCAAAUAAUAGGGAUUAUGGGAUCACUUUAUCUGGCAUCUGCAAUUGUAGUGCCGUUAUUACAUCCGUUGAAAUUAACAAGUGUGUAUGAAUACUAUCAGCUACGCUAUGGCACAAAAUCUGUCAGAUGUCUUGGCGUGGUAUUAGGUGUUUCCUACUACACACUAUACAUGGGUAUAGUUCUAUUCGGAACUGCUUUAGCGCUUCAGUCCACCACUGCAUUACCAAUUUGGAUAUCAGUUGUUACAUUUGCUGCAGCUGCGACUUUAUACACGUCUAUAGGAGGGAUAAAAGCCGUCAUAUGGACCGACGUGUUUCAGUCAUUUGUCAUGCUCGGUGGAAUAUUAGCAGCAUUAAUUGCAUUUGUUCUGUCUAACGUUAAAGGUCCUUUAGGUGAAAUAUUUGCUGGUUUUACAGGAGCUGUAGCGGGACCACAAACAGGAAUGUUUCUUGUUUCUGUAUUCUUUCGUCGAAGCCGGCCAAAAGCCGUUUUCUUUGCCACAUGUGUGAGCCGGUGGUCUUUUGGUAACACGCUUGCCUGUCAAUCCAGAGGUCCAGAUCCAGGCAUUGGAAAUUUCGGAGAUGCUCUUGAGUGUCUCCCACCUAACAUAAAGGCAUGUACGGAUUCUUCACCGUAA